GAGAGAGAGAGAGAGAGAAGGAAAGAAAAAAGAAAGUAAGAAAGAAAGAGAGAAAAAAAAGAGAAACAGGGGGAAAGAAGCUUUCAAAUUCUUCUUGAUACUCGAGUUCUACAGACUACCAGACCGCACUACCCACACCAGGAUGGGGGCUCGGAGAUGCAGUGGCUGCCUCAGUUGUCUGAUAAUUCCCCUUGCACUUUGGAGCAUUAUUGUUAAUAUCUUGCUAUAUUUUCCAAAUGGACAGACUUCAUAUGCAUCCAGCCACAAACUCACCAAUUAUGUGUGGUAUUUUGAAGGAAUCUGUUUCUCAGGCAUCAUGAUGCUUAUAGUAGCUGCAGUUCUCCUAAUAUUGGAGAGAAACACACCAUAUAAAUGCUGUCAGAGUGAGAACUGCAGCAAAAAAUAUAUGAGUUUACUCUCCAUUAUCUUUUCUGUCCUUGGAAUUGCUUUCUCCGGAUAUUGCUUGGUGAUAUCAGCAUUGGGAUUAGUGCAAGGACCAUACUGCCGUACCCUCAAUGGCUGGGAAUAUGUCUUUGAAGAUACCACAGGAAGUUUCCUCAGUGAUCCUAGCACAUGGAGCCAGUGUCUGGAACCUGCUCAUGUAGUCGAAUGGAAUAUUAUUUUAUUUUCUAUUCUUAUAACACUCAGUGGUCUCCAAGUGAUCAUCUCUUUCAUCAAAGUGAUCAUUGAACUCAGCAAGAUCCUGUGCACAACCUACUCAGUCAUAAUACAGCCUGGAAUCAUUUAAAUGAGGAAAAAAGAGUUCUUUUCGUGAGCUCCUGACCUGACCAUCAACCUUACUUGUAUAGACUUGUGGAUACAAAAACAGACUCAAAUGAUGUGAUUUCUUGAUGAUGCUCCUCAUUCUUCCUCAGAGCUAUUCCCUUUAUUACAGGUCCAAACUUCAAUAAGAUUAUUAAUCAAUUAGUCAAUAAGCAUUUAUUAUGCAGAUCCUGUGUUCCAGACACUAUAUUAGGCGCCACGUAAUGGGCUAAUUGUAAGCUCAUACAUCUAGAGUUGAAAAGCUCAAUAGCCUUUUAGUGCAAGGCUUAGGGAACUUAACUCACUCAUGUAAUGAGUGUCAGAGACAGUAUUUGAAUCCAGACCUCCUAAUUCCAGACCAAUGAUGUUUCCAGUGUACCAUGAUGCUUCCCUUGAUCAUUCUGCCCUUCUAUUUUAUUCUGGUCCUUCCCAACUCUAGAGGCAGAAGGGAAGCCAAAAAAUAUGUGAUCUCUGCAUAUAUAUCCCAAUAAAAUUUUUUAAGGUUUUUUUUUAA